AUGGAACGUUAUGAAUCUCUGGGUCCAGUCGGGGAGGGCAGUUACGGCACCGUGCUUAAGUGCCGUCAUCGUGAUACUGGUCGCCUUGUCGCCAUCAAGAAAUUCAUGGACUCUGAUGAUGACAAGACGGUGAAGAAGAUUGCCCACAGGGAGAUCAAGCUACUCAGGCAACUGCGACAUGACAACCUGGUGAACCUCCUAGAAGUGUGGAAGCGCCGCCGCCGCUGGUAUCUGGUAUUUGAGUUUGUGGAACGGACACUUUUGGAUGAUCUGGAGCAAAACCCAAGCGGACUGGAGAUGAACACAUGCCGACAGUACCUGUACCAGAUCCUAAGGGCUGCUGCCUUCUGCCAUCAGCAAAAUAUCAUCCACCGUGACAUCAAACCAGAAAACAUCCUCAUCUCUCAGGAGGGUGUGGUUAAGGUGUGUGAUUUUGGCUUUGCCCGCACUGUUGCAUCGAUCAGUGAGGGCAGCGUCCUCACUGACUAUGUGGCCACUCGAUGGUACAGAGCCCCCGAACUGCUGGUGGGAGACAUUAAGUAUGGCAAACCUGUAGAUGUGUGGGCUUUGGGGUGUGUAUUAUUAGAGAUGUUAACAGGUCAGCCUCUGUUUCCUGGAGACUCAGACCUUGACCAAAUAUAUCAGAUCAUCCGGUGCUUUGGUAACCUUACAAGUCAUCACCAGGAGCUGUUCUACAGAAAUCCUGUGUUUUCUGGAGUUACACUGCCUGAAUGUUCAGACAGAGUCACUCUCCAGCAGCGUUUCCCUACAAUCACACCUAUUAGCCUGGAUCUGGCCCAGAAGUGUCUAGAGAUAGAUGCAGAAAGACGGGCUCAGUGUUCGGAGCUGUUAGAGCAUCCACUGUUUACACAAGACUCCUUCCACAUCAGAUUUUUGGACGAGCUAAAUUCUAAGAUCCAAAAAGACCACAGAGAGAACUCUACCUUUCCUAAAAUAACCAAAAACCCAAGAAAGGAUGAAAGGGAUGAGAAAAACUGCAGAGGCAAGAAACAACCUGAAGACAUGGAUGACAAAGUCAACAAGGAAAAGAUGGAGAAAGUAAAGGGAAAACAGCCUCUGAAGUUGUCUAAAACCACUCGUCAGUCAGAACCUUUAAUCUCCACUAAACAAUCCAAAGGAUGCAGCAAGGUUAUCCACAAUGCAGCUCAAUCUCCCAUGGCUUUGAAAAGUAAAGCAGGCAAAGCUGCUGCUGUAGACUUGAAGAAAGAAUCAGAGAUUCCAAAGAUAACUAGAACCCUUACUUUUGACUCAUCAGAGACCACCAAGACUGUAGCAAACCUGGAUGUCGCAAACAGCACAGUAGCAAAACCAAAACAUGAGCGAGUGCUAUCUGCAGAUAUAAGGGAAGACCCUAUGAGAAUUAUAAAAGACAUGCACGGCAAUAGCUCUGACAAUACAGCAUCAGGUAAUGACAAACAGAACAACAGCAGUGACUUUGAAUCUGAUAUAAAAGGCAGGAAAGUUCCUCACUCCAAAUAUUUGGUUGAAGAAUCUAAAACAAAGUCUGGAUCUUUCAGAGACCACAUGAGAUCCACAAGAAAGAUGAAUGACAACCCAGAAAGAAAAGACAAAGCCAGUAUAUCCAGUGUCCCAGAUGUGACUUCAGUCACGUCUACAGAAACUCUACACCACAAAGCUUUGACCAGAAGCUCUGUCCUUCACAACGAGGAUAGUGCAGACUUUACUGAGCUUGAUCUGAGUGUCUCUUGUUCUUCCCCACCCCCUCGUACACCAUCCUCCACUCCUGUCCUCAUCCCUUCAUCCUCCACAACUCUUGUCAACUCCUUAGUCAUCAAAACCCAUGGAGCCAGAGAGGAGUCCAAUCUGCGAAUACUCCUUUGUAUCCGACCGCCUCCAGAAUAG